AUGUCGGUACCAGAUACUAAAACAGACUUUGACCUACUUCUCGAAAAGUGUAUCGGCCAGAGAGUUGAAAUCCCGGACCUUUUUGCUCUCUGCCCAUGGGAUUUGGAAAUAUCCCCCCCAGACGAAAAGUUAACAAAGGAGGUAGAGCUAUGGCGAUCGAGAUGGAUCGAUGAACCGACGAGCUUGAAACGUAACCGUAUUGUCAAUUCUUGCUUAUUUGCAAGGGCAAUCGCACCAAAAGGAGCUCUUGGUGAAUUGAUAACUGUGGCUAAAUUUCAAGCCUGGUUAUUUUACUGGGAUGACGCCUACGAUUUCGGCGACCUCGAUAACAACUACGAAGAAAUUGUUUCUCACCAGAAGCAGACAAUAGAGCUACUCCGCCAGAGUCUUUUCCACAAGAACCCUGGUUCCAUCAACCCGGCUGACAUUUCUCCAAACCAUCUUACCGUGCAAUCAUUGCAUGAAUGGGGAGCUGUUGUAGGCGAAAAGAGCGUAUCUUCUUCCUUGAAAAACUGGUUCUUCAAAGUUCUAGUCGACUUCUGCAGAGCUACAUUUGACCUCCAGAGCGCGUUUGAUAAGAAAGACAUACUAGAUCUCGAGACAUAUCGGAAGAUCCGCCUGGACUCAUCGGCAGUACUACCUACUCUAGCCAUGGCUUUGUUUGCUGAUCAGGUCGCCUUCCCUUCCUGGUUCUUUGACCAUGAACUCGUCGAGAAAGCUGCAGAGCUAGUUGACAUCAUCGUUUGGGUAGUGCUAGAACAUAAGGAGCUUGUGAAUAAUUUCAGGAUUGAGAAUAUUUUACUAGUAAACCAAUUGUGGAUGUGGAUCGUUGACAUGAAAACGAUUAUUACUGCUACUACAGAAGAUCCGGAACACAUGAAUAAUCUAUUUCAGAAUAUUCAAGAUAACAUACUCUACGGUGAGACCAGGAGUCGGUUGGAGCGUGCCACGUCCGUUCAGUCCAUUAUGGAGCUAUUUCUCGGAGCUACAACCGAAUUUUUCAUAGAAAAGUUCAUAUCAUGUCCAGGCCAAGAGCCGGGGCAAAGGAUAAAUAAGGGCCCAAUUGAAAUAUUUCGAGAGUCCAUCAGAAAAGCUGACGAUGAGACUCGCCUCUUCAGAGAUUUCCUCGCAGGCCUACACAACGAAGCCAGGCAACAGGGAGUACUCCACAGCGAAGUAUCGCGGAAUCGCUACCAUAUCAUCUCAUCCGAGACCGAGCUUCUCGACAUUAUAAGGGAUAUACGCGACGAACUACACAUCCUCAAGUCUUUAGCGGAGGAUCAACAUACCGUCUGGAAGCAGGCCUUUCGUCGCAAUGACCGCUCGGACCACUUCCAAUACUACCACUCUUGCACCCCUAUUGAUGUCAAGAAGAAUGUUGACGACAUGCUUUCGGAGGCGGAGAAGACGACCAACUAUCUCCCCCUCUCGUUUCUAACAUCCUUGUUUGCGCUCGACGUAACAAGCUUCCCUCACGAAUCGGGAGAGUUGAAGUACCAAGGCUGGUGGCUGUUUCCAAUCCUGUUUGGCGUGACAGCUGCCGUCUCAAUCCCCGCCAUCAUCCUAGCAUGGAGUGUGAAUGCGAUCUCGGAGCGGCUUCGCAUGCGGGAUAAAGAGACCUCGAGCUCGACGGGAAAGCCCACGAUUAUUAAUGGGAAUCAUACUAUAGUGCAAAAAGUUACGGAAAAUGUCUCGGGUGAAAGGUUGCGGCGGAGGUGGCGGAACCGUGGCAAGAAAGUCCUUCCACAGUAUGAGCGUCCAUGA